AGUGUCUGAUUCCACAUCAAUUUACAGACAUGUCCGAUCAACUGCACUGCAUAUAAUAACUACUGUUUUAAUAGUUUCAUUUUUUUAAUAUUGAUUCUUUUAAUGUUGAAUUAAAAAUGUGUUACAAUUCAUUUUUAUUGUGUUUAAGAACGAGUGCUACGAGAAAAUUUUUACGGAUACCACAAAAUUUUCGUAGAAACUUUAGCGUUAAAGUUACCGGAGAUGGUCUUAACGUAGACAAACGUACACUUGUGAGUACGGAGCGCAAGAAGAGGACGUUCACUGACCGAUCGCAGCUGAAGUACGCAAGAAGACUGGUUGUGAAGCUUGGUAGUGCCGUUAUUACGAGAGAAGACGGGAAUGGUUUAGCAUUGGGACGACUAGCAUCUAUCAUUGAACAGGUAGCAGAAUGUCAUCACGAAGGUCGAGAAUGCAUAAUGGUGACGAGCGGCGCGGUGGCGUUUGGGCGUCAAAAGUUGACGCAAGAACUACUCAUGUCACUCUCCAUGAGAGAGACUUUAUCACCAAGUGAUCAUACCAGAGAGGACGCUGGUAGCAUUCUAGAUCCGCGCGCGGCUGCCGCGGUGGGUCAGUCGGAACUAAUGGCUAUGUACGAUGCAAUGUUCUCGCAGUACAAUGUUAAAAUAGCACAGGUUUUGGUGACAAAGCCAGAUUUCUAUAAUGAAGAGACGAGGAAAAAUUUGUUCUGCACAUUAUCAGAGUUGAUAUCUUUGAAUAUAGUGCCGAUAAUAAAUACCAACGACGCAGUUAGCCCGCCUAUGUACAUACACGACGACACUGUGGUGCCGGGAACGGGGAAAAAGGGUAUAGGCAUAAAGGAUAACGACAGUCUCUCAGCAUUGUUAGCAGCUGAAGUGCAGUCAGAUUUAUUAAUAAUGAUGUCAGAUGUUGACGGUAUUUAUAACAAACCGCCUUGGGAAGAUGGAGCUCGUAUGAUGCACACGUAUACUUCGAAGGACAAAGACUUAGUACAAUUUGGACAGAAAUCUAAGGUUGGAACUGGAGGAAUGGAUUCUAAAGUGAAUGCCGCGACGUGGGCAAUGGCGCGCGGUGUGAGCGUCGUUAUAUGUAAUGGUAUGCAAGAGAAAGCAAUUAAAACGAUCAUUAGUGGACGGAAAGUAGGAACUUUCUUCACAGAUUGCGCUACAAGUUCUCCGACGUCAGUCGACGUCUUAGCGGAAAAUGCUCGCUCUGGCAGUAGAGUUUUACAACAGUUAACCCCUUCAGAAAGAGCGUCAGCAAUUCACACCUUAUCAGAUUUAUUAUUAGAGAAACAAGAUAAAAUACUUGAAGCGAAUGCUAAAGAUUUAGACGAAGCGACCAAAGGUGGACUAGCCAAACCAUUGUUAGAUCGGUUGUCUUUAAGUCAAGGGAAAUUGAAGACAUUAUCAACUGGAUUAAAACAAAUAGCUGACUCCAGUUACGAAAAUGUUGGCCGGGUAUUACGAAAAACUAAAUUAGCAGAUAAUCUAAUUCUUCGGCAAGUGACUGUACCAAUUGGUGUGCUAUUAGUUAUUUUCGAAUCCAGACCGGAUUCGCUGCCACAAGUAGCCGCACUCGCUAUGGCAUCGGCUAACGGUUUACUUCUUAAGGGUGGAAAAGAAGCAGCAUAUUCGAACAAAGCAUUAAUGGAUCUUGUUAAAGAAUCCCUUCAAUCAGUCGGUGCUGAAGACGCAAUAUCUCUUGUAUCCACACGCGAGGAAAUAAGUGACUUACUGUCUAUGGAAAAACAUAUUGAUUUAAUUAUUCCUCGCGGUUCCUCUGAUCUUGUUAGAAGUAUUCAAAAGCAAUCUCAGCAUAUACCUGUGCUCGGUCAUGCGGAAGGUAUUUGUCACGUCUACGUAGAUAAGGAUGCAGAUCCAGUGAAAGCAUUGAAGAUUGUCAGAGACGCGAAAUGUGAUUACCCGGCAGCUUGUAAUGCAAUGGAAACAUUACUGAUUCAUGAGGAUCAUUUAACAACCACAUUGUUUACUGACCUCUGUAAUAUGUUGAAAAAGGAAGGUGUUAAAAUACAUGCAGGUCCGAAACUUGCAAGUCACUUGACAUUUGGUCCGCCGCCUGCAAGAACUAUGCGCCACGAAUAUGGAGCACUGGAAUGCUGCGUAGAAUUAGUGAAGGAUAUGGAAGAGGCUGUGGAUCACAUUCACAAAUUUGGCAGCUCACACACUGAUGUUAUCGUAACAGAAAAUGAAACAGCAGCUCGAAAAUUCCUCGGUAUCGUAGAUAGUGCUUGCGUUUUUCACAAUGUAUCUUCUCGGUUCGCCGACGGAUUCAGAUUCGGGCUUGGCGCUGAAGUUGGAAUAUCUACAGCUAGGAUUCAUGCUAGAGGUCCGGUCGGUGUAGAGGGUUUGUUAACCACAAAGUGGAUCCUGGAAGGAUCUGACCACACGGCCGCGGAGUUCAAUGAAGGCAAGAGAAACUGGAUACACGAACCCUUGCCUGUUCAUUGAAUUACCAGCAUAUUAAAAUACUCUAGGGAUUAAUUGAAAGCAUUAUAAAGAAGCAAUGCUUUGAAAUAUAAAUUUU